CAUAUAACCACGUUAGCAGUGGCAGCUGAAAAAUGCUUAAACGGACACUCAGAGUGACUAGUGAGUAAGGUCAUAAGUGGCUGUCGGGAUGGCGAGAGAUACAGAUGACCUGCCAAAAAAUGCGGCCAACUACACUGCCUUAACGCCGCUGUGGUUCCUGGACAGAGCAGCCACCGUUCAUCCAAAUAGAACAUCGGUUGUGCAUGGAUCUCUCAGCUACACUUGGCUACAGACGUACAAGCGGUGCCGUCGAUUGGCUUCCGCUUUAUCCAAGCACUCCAUCGGCCUCGGUAGCACGGUAGCAAUAAUUGCACCAAAUAUCCCUGCCAUGUAUGAGGCACACUUUGGAGUUCCAAUGGCUGGAGCUGUGGUAAAUUGUGUCAAUAUACGUCUAAAUGCAUCAACUGUUGCUUUCCUUCUAGGUCAUUCAAAAUCUGAAGUUGUGAUGGUCGACCAAGAGUUUUUUUCAUUGGCUGAGGAAGCUUUAAAACUCCUAGUAGAAAGUGGAAGUUCUUUUAAGCCUUCACUGUUAAUUGUCAUAGCUGAUAAAAGCUGUGAUCCUAAGGCUGUGAAGCAUGCUUUGGGAAGGGGGGCUAUUGAAUAUGAGACGUUCCUGGAAACUGGUGACCCUGACUUUACUUGGAAACCACCAAUGGAUGAGUGGCAGAGCAUUGCGCUAGGUUAUACUUCUGGCACAACAGCCAGCCCUAAAGGUGUGGUAUUGAGCCACCGAGGAGCAUAUUUAAUGUCCUUGAGUAAUCCUCUAAAUUGGGGGAUGAGUGAAGGAGUUGUAUACUUGUGGACUCUACCUAUGUUCCACUGCAAUGGUUGGUGUUUCACUUGGGCGCUUGCAGCUCUUUGUGGGACAAGCAUAUGCCUUCGACAGGUAACAGCAAAGGCAGUCUAUUCAGCUAUAGCAAACAAUGGUGUCAGUCACUUUUGUGCUGCACCAGUUGUGCUCAACACUAUAGUGAAUGCUUCUAAGGAAGAAACUAUCCUUCCCCUACCCCGAGUCAUACAUGUGAUGACUGCUGGUGCUGCACCACCCCCUUCUGUACUCUUUGCAAUGUUGGAAAAAGGUUUCCGUGUUAUGCAUACUUAUGGUCUCUCAGAAACGUAUGGCCCCUCUACAGUGUGUGCAUGGAAGCCUGAGUGGGAUUCACUUCCUCCUAUCAAACAAGCCCGCCUCAAUGCACGCCAAGGCGUGAGAUACAUUGCCUUGGAAGGCCUAGAUGUUCUUGAUCCUAAAACCAUGAAACCUGUCCCUUCAGAUGGAACCACAAUUGGAGAAAUAAUGAUGAGAGGCAAUGUUGUCAUGAAGGGCUACUUAAAGAACCCAAAAGCCAAUGAAGAAGUUUUUGCGAAUGGAUGGUUUCACUCUGGGGAUCUUGCAGUGAAGCAUCCAGAUAAUUACAUAGAAAUUAAAGACAGGUCAAAGGACAUUAUCAUUUCUGGAGGAGAAAACAUAAGUAGCCUGGAGGUAGAAAAUGUACUAUACACGCAUCCAGCAAUAUAUGAGGUAUCAGUAGUAGCAAGGCCAGAUGAGCAGUGGGGGGAGUCCCCCUGUGCUUUUGUAACAUUGAGGCCUGAAGUCGACCAAUUGAAUACACAAAGCUUGGCUGAAGAUAUAAUAAAGUUUUCCCGGUCAAAGAUGCCUGGUUACUGGGUUCCAAAAUCUGUAGUUUUUGGAGCAUUGCCAAAGACAGCUACUGGGAAGAUUCAGAAGCAUGUGCUGAGGGCUAAGGCAAAAGAGAUGGGACAUGUCAAGAUGAGCAAACUCUAAUAAUAAGGAUGGAUUUCCUUGUGUUGCUGAAGAUGGUAUGAUCAAAACUUGUACUUAAAGAAAUACUAUAAAGCUUUUUAAUCCUUGGAAAUUAUUCGUGAAUGCAAAGUUGUGCCUUUGAAUGAUUAAUUACACCGUGGAAGUUAAUUGUAAGGAUUCAUGAGAGCACUAGUAAAAUAGCAGCUUGAACAGAGUGAAAGAGAAUUGAUGUCCGUUUCUGUUAUGCCCAGCUAGCCUGCAGUAGAGUUGGAAUGCUGGCUAUGUCUUAGGCCUAUUGGGUCAUAAUUUGGAUCUUAGUUCUUAAUCUGACAGUUUGAACCGGGGGCCCGAAGCUUAGUGUCUACACCAUUAAAGUCCUGAUCUUUGGAAAUCGGACCCAUGGCCACAUGGUUCUGACUUGUCAUUUUUGGACUAGAAUCUGAUGAACAGUCCCAAUUAACGCAGAACCAUAUAAUUAAGGCAGCGACAAAGACAGACAGGAUUGAGGAUUUUGCCUGCAAGGAAAAAAAACCUUUAAAGAACCGGGAGAAGUUGCAAGAGACAAAGAAAGUAUAGUAUAGGAAGUUAAAGAAGAGGAUAAAGAAAGCAACCAGUUGCUUGGUUGGCAAAGGAUAUCCAACAACGUCAAUCUCAGUAAUGGUGUUUUUUUAAGGAUAAGAAUGUUAUAUCCAAUCAAUAUCUGCCUCAUAUUGCAACUGUUACAGUUUUAAAGCUACUUUAUCAAUACAGAUAUGUUCCAUGCA